AAAGCUGCUCCGAAUUCCGGUAACAGCUAAACGCCUUUAAGCGAGCAGCACCAGCUGGGUUUUUAGAAGUCACAUUUAGAUUGUUAUCGUUAUUUUAUCAUUACCGUGUUAAAUUUAAGGUUCGUGCAACCAUGUCAUACAUGGAAGACCGUAGAGUGCAGCUUCCAGUGUCUGAUAACCCCCCAAAGAUGAGUAAACCAUCCGCUGUUGUAACGAGGCGAGCUGUGCUCGUCGAGCGAACCAACGUGCCUGCGGCAGGAGUCAACACAAAGAAAUGGGGACAAGGCAAAGCACCUGGAGCUCAGAAGGCUAAAGCAGUGGCUCUGGUUCAGGUUCAAACAACAGCCGAUCCAUUUCCUCUGGUUUCAGAGGCAUCAGCUGAUGUGUCAAAGGAAGAAGAGGAUGCACAAUUGUGCCAGGCUUUCUCCAACACACUGCUUUCAGUGGAGGAUGUAGACGAGCAGGAUGCUGGCAUGCCCCAGCUGUGCUCUGAAUAUGUGAAGGAUAUCUACGUUUAUCUGCACCAGCUGGAAGUAGAGCAGGCUGUACAUGCGAACUACAUGCAGGGUUAUGAUAUCACUGAGCGGAUGCGAGCGCUUCUCAUCGACUGGAUGGUUCAGGUUCAUGCCAGGUUCCAGCUGCUGCAGGAGACCUUGUAUCUCUCUGUUGCCGUCCUCGAUCGGUUUCUCCAGGUUCAGCCAGUUUCUCGUAGAAAGCUGCAGCUCGUUGGUGUGACUGCAAUGCUGCUUGCCUGCAAGUAUGAGGAGAUGUAUCCUCUAGAGGUGGGAGAGUUUGCCUACAUUACAGACAAUGCGUUUACCAAGGCUCAGAUUUUGGAGAUGGAGCAGCUAGUUCUGAAGCGCCUCAACUUUCAGCUCGGCCGUCCUGUUCCGCUACAUUUCCUCAGGAGAGCUUCAAAAGUGGCUAAUUCGGACAUACAAAUGCACACACUGGCCAAGUAUCUGACGGAGUUGACCCUCAUUGACUACCAAAUGGUGCAUUAUCACCCUUCUGAGAUUGCUGCUGCUGCUAUGUGCCUCUCUCAGCUGCUGCUGAAUGGACUACCUUGGUCGACCACACAGGCACAGUACUCAACGUACGACGAGGCACACCUGAAGCCCAUCAUGCAGCACAUGGCCAAAAAUGUUGAGAUGGUAAAUAGCGGGAAGACAAAGCUCCAGGCUGUCAGGAACAAGUACUCAAGCAGCAAGUUGAUGACAAUCAGCCUGAUUCCUCAGCUCAAGUCGCCACUCAUCACCAACAUGACAGCUGCUCUCAAUGCUACUUAAACUCUUUGCACAUUUUUAUUGCCUGCAGAUGCACUUUAUCUUAAAUCUCAAACUCCUCUUGUUUUUAUUUUUGGACUUUUUUUAUUAGGAGAUGGUAGUCUUUAUGCGAUGCAUGAACUUGUACCACUGCACCUCCUAAUGACAUUAAAGUGACCUCCUGUCAAAGUACUGUACCUAA